GAAACAAAGAGAAAUGAAUGGCGACUUUAAUUUGGGAUGCCGAUAGACUUCAGCAGAACUUUUCCCACCCAUUCGAUCCAUCAUUAAUCAAUAAAAUGAGGUCAAGAAGUGACUAUCUGUGAACUUGAAGUCACCUCCCACUGCCGCUGAGGGCGGCGAGGACAGCCCGUCGUUUCACGUCACAGCCGGCUCUCUUAUUUAAACUUCACCGAGCGGAGCAGAGAGGCUGUCAUCGACGGACAACGUUGCCAAGCAGCUGGGAAGAGGACUCCGGACUUCCUCUCCGUCUCUUUCGGCCCGUUUCUCAGUCUAAAUACCAAGCAUGCCGCAGACCGUCACACUGAAGGGACCGUCUCCCUGGGGCUUUCGGCUGGUGGGAGGACGGGACUUCAGCACACCGUUAACCGUCUCCAGGGUAACACCUGGCAGCAAGGCGGCCCAAGGUGACCUGUGUCCAGGCGACACCAUCCUGGCGAUCAAUGGCGACAGCACGGAGCACAUGACUCACAUGGAGGCCCAGAACAAGAUCAAAACUUGCACCCAGCAGCUCGCACUCAGCAUCAGCAGAUCAGGAUCUGGAGACAGAGUGUGGUCGCCGACAGUUAGCGAAGAUGGCAAGACAAGUCCUUACACGGAGCCCGACUCGCAGAAUUUCCGUCCCAUCACCAGCGGGUACGGCAGUUACAGCCGUAAGCCGUCCUACACCCCUGAACCCCAGCCCCCCCAGGCGCCUCAGCCGACGUACCUAAAUAAUGGACACUCCAGACCCAGCAACGGCCACUCCUACGGGCACGGGAACGGAACUGGGCAUGCUCAGUACAACAACCCAGCGGGGCUUUAUGCUCCCAACGGCAGCAACGGAGAAAAGUUUCUGCCCAACAAGAUGAGCGGUCUCAACCUCAGCGCCACACAUAGUCCGGAGCCUCCUGUCCAGUCUCCUGUGAGCUGGAACGGCUUUGAUCCAGAGUCGGAUGUUUAUAAGAUGCUGCAGGACUAUGAGGAGCCCGUCUCUGAGCCCAAACAGUCUGGAUCCUUCAAAUACCUUCAGGAGAUCCUGGAGGCUGAGGAUGGAGGUCUGUCUCCAACGGAAAGGAUGAGAAACCUGAAGUCUCCAGUCAAGUCUCCAGUCAGAUCUCCAAUCCCAAAGCUGGGAAGCCCCAUUCCGGCCCCCAUGUCUGGUCUUCAGAAGUUGCCCCAAUGCACACGCUGCUGUAAUGGCAUAGUUGGCACCAUCGUAAAGGCCCGUGACAAACUCUACCAUCCAGACUGCUUCAUGUGCGACGACUGCGGCAUCAACCUCAAACAACGGGGCUACUUCUUUAUCGAGGACAAUCUGUACUGCGAGACCCACGCCAAGGCGCGCGUCCAACCCCCGGAAGGCUACGACGUGGUGGCGGUGUACCCCAACUCCAAAGUGGAGUUAGUCUGAGAUGUUGAGAUCUAACUGGGGAUUUUUUGAGAUUAUGAUCUGUCAGGUUUGAUGCUGAUCUUGGAUCAAUUUCACCUUUAUGGAGUUCACUGAUCCCAAAUCAGCACUUCCACACUGACAGACUUGAUUUAUGUUGUAUAUAUUCAGGAGAAAUGUUGUCAUUGAGAGCCCCCGGGGUUGAUGAAGCUCCAAACUCUUCAAAUCAUUGAGAAGAUUUUCAUUUAAUUGUGUUUUUGUACAGUUUCUCAAAUGGAAAUUUUGUCCUCUUUGUUUACACUAAUUAAAUAAAAAUCUAGUUAACUUCCACGUAAAAAUAACAGAGUUCAGUAGCAGAGAAUUAAGUUUAAGAAUGAAGCUAAAUAUGGAGUUAUGACUGCAGCUAAAACCAGCUUACCAAUAACAUCUUCCAAAAACCUUAAACUGACUUUUCAUUAUAAAACUGAAGUGAAGUCAUCUUGAAUGUAACUUUGAUAGUACUUCUAAAGUACCAAUUUGCCUUUUUUUGCAGUGAUGUCAAGUCAAGUUCUCUGUAUUUGAAAUAAUCAUCAUAUACUCACACUGUCUGGACUAUUACACUUAAUUUACAUUCAUGCAGUUUGUUUUUAAACUUUUUUUUUAGUGACUCAUAAAGUUCAUCUGCAUUCUUUGAGGUAAAUGAUUUAUUUGUGUUGCUAGGAAACCAGAAACUCACACAUGCAGUAAGGUAAACACAAGAAAACAUUUCAAAGCAACGACUUCUGUCAUUUUUUGUCAUUUUAAAACAGAAAAAAGAAUUCUCCACCAUCCGUUUCACAUGCACCUGACUGGGAUUUUCAUUUCUCACAGUGAAAGCCUCCAUCGGCUCACGCCGCCUUUGUAAAAAGCCCGUGCUGGCAUCAUCACGCUCUCACAGCGACCAUUAAACGUGUCUGUGUGCUUUUGAGAUACGAGACAAAGCCAUGGAAAACAUUUAAAGUAACUUAUAAAUUAGGACUCCGCAGGGUCCAACAUGUGGGUUUCUUUGGAUGAACUCCAUAUAUCAGUUACAGUCUCUGGAAAUGACAGAAGUUGGAGGUAUGCAAGUUUUUAUUCCCUUCCUUGAAUGAAUUCAUGUGUCUGAUCACAGCCAAGCACAUUAAAAAAGCAAAAAGACUUUUCGACAUUUCCUCUGAGAAAAGGGGAACAUGACAGCAAAAUUAUUUCUUUUUCUGUCAGUAUACUUUUGCAUUAAAAAGUCUAGACUUCUUGCAAAAAAAGUUUUUAAAAUACUUCUUAAAUUUGAAACCGUUUUAUAAUAUUCUUAAUUUUUUUUCCAGAUUUUUGUCCCUUCUGGUAUGCCAUACCAACCAUUGGUCCUGUAAAUUAAAUAAGAGAUUUAAAAUUGAUCAUUUUUUUAAUAUUGUACAUAUGUGUCUUUGAUUGCCUUUAAACUGUUUGCAUCUUAGUAGUCACUAAUAAUCUGCUUGUGUUUAACUUAUUGUUCUGUCCUCACAUUUUUGCUCUGAUUUUCAUUUUUUUAAUGUUCUAAAUAAUAAAAAAAGUGAGUUGGCAUGAA